GUGGUUGCGAGUGCCGCCUACACACAUGCAUGUAUAAGCUCCAGCCUCCACGUCUAGCUGGGUAGUACUUAGAGCAGAGCACUGGACUUGGGAGGUAGGUACCGGCGAGCCUUCGCAUACCAAUGGAACGCACCGAGGCCAGCCUGCACGUAAUCUACGAUCUUCAAGUCAGAAUCAAUCAGUGUGACGAGUCCGGAAUCACCCAACGACGGGAUGGAUGCCACCGCUAGGAGAUAUCAGUCGCAACAGCUCAAACUCAAGGACUCGUGCGACCCCUGCUCAGCAGCCAAAGUCAGAUGUACCAAGGAGAAGCCAAGUUGUGCCAGGUGUGACAAGUUCGGCCACCGAUGCUACUACAGCCCGGCUCGUCGAAUCGGGCCACCCCAUCGCUCAAACUCGAGAGAGCACAGUUCCAAUUCCCUAAGCUCAUCCAGCAAUGGUCCAGCCUCAGCCACCGCUUCGACGCCUUCAUCACUAAAACCGCCCGGUCUCAAUUACUCGGCGUCAAUAUCAUGCGGCGCAAGCCAACGGACAGAGACAGCGGGCCAAAAGCCAUGCCUCCUGCUAGAGAACCCGCCAUCCCCGGAUUCUACUCCUACUCCUAGUAGUAGUAGCACUCCUGGAGCGGCCAGCAACAGUCCCGGCAGCAGCAAUCACAGCAGCAACAGCAACACUCCCAGCAGUAACAACUGCUAUGGCCUUCUCUUGGGCAUCAUCGACAGCAGCGCGGACGUGGCAGACGCGGGCUCGUUCCUCAGCAGCUCUGCCGUCAUCCUCUCUCGCGUGCUCAUCUGCCCGUGCUCGCAGAACCUGGACGUGGCGCUGCUCGUCGCGGCGGGCUGCAACGUGGUGCUGGACGCUGUCGACGCCAUGGUAGCAACAAAUACAACAACAGAGCCCCCUUCGUCUCCAGCAAGCAUGGACUGCAAUACCAUGUAUUCGAACCCAGCGGCGCGCGCCGGCCUGCUGAGCGAGCUCGGCCGUGUGGCCAACCUGGUGGUGCAGUUCACGGGGCGCUACGAAGGUAUUGUCGACGAUGCCGAGCUGCGCGAGACGCUACUGGGUCUAGCGGGAGAGAUCAGGGGAAGGCUGCAGGCGGCGGUAGAAAAGGCCACGAGUGAGGGGCAUCAUCAUGGCUCGGUGGGGGGUUACUUACAAGUUUGAGAUACAUGCAGUAGGUCGUUGGACGACGUAUCGAUGAUAGCCAUCAUUUACAACUUGGAAUAGAACGAGCUGCAAGUGCAACAGGGUCUGGGAAGGAUAGGUGAAAUUGGAAUUGAGGAUAGAAAGCUGAUGAAUGGCAG